UAUUGGUCACCCUAAUUUCUGUCAAACUUCUUUCAUAUUUGUUUUAGAAACCGUAGUGCGAAAUAACGGACUGAUUAGUAGUUUUAUAUCUUUUAAGUAUAAAAUGGAAGGUCCUAGUGAUUUAGCACAUAAGCUAAGUGAGGAGCGUACUAGUGAUGUAUGUUUAAUGGAUGUGCCCUUUCAUAAAAUGUCUAUCGGUUUUGCUACCAAACAAGGUCUAUGUCAAGCCGGCUUUGAGUAUCCAACAUUAAUUCAGGCUUCAGCAAUUCCUGUUGGGUGUUCUGGUUUUGAUUUACUUGUUCAGUCAAAGUCUGGUACUGGUAAAACAAUUAUUUUCACAACUAUUAUAUUGGAAUCUUACGAUUACAAUUUAAAACAAAUACAAUCAAUAGUAAUUACUCCAACACGAGAAAUUGCUACUCAAAUUACUGAUGUACUAAAUAAAGUUGGAAAAUGUUUCCGCGGAUUUAAUGCGACCACAGUUAUAGGAGGCACAAACAUUCAAGAGGAUCGUAAAAGAAUUCAAUUAGCGAAAUCAAUCGUCGUUACGCCCGGUAAAUUCCUACACUUGCUUCGUAGUAAAAUGGUCAAUACUUCAAAAAUUAAAUUAUUGGUGAUUGAUGAAGCGGAUCAAAUGUAUGACGAAGGAUUUCGUAAGGACGUUGAUAUUAUAUUAAAGCAAUUACCGAUCCGACAAAUCGUAGUCUGUAGUGCCACAUUUCCGAAUGAUUUGUAUAUAAAAUUGAGUAAACUAAUGCAUAAUCCUUAUUAUGUGUCUACACAGGAGAAGUCUUGUGUAUUAAUUGGUAUAAAACAAUAUGCUUAUACGAUUCCAGAGCAAAAAGUCAGUUUAAAAGAGAUGAAUGAAAAACUUAAGGCUAUAAAUUACAUCUUUGCCGUUAUACCAUUUAAACAGUGUCUAUUAUUUGCUGGUACUCAGCUACGUGCGAGUUCAUAUUGUGGUUAUUUGCAACGUGACGGCUGGGGUUGCGAAAUAAUAAGUGGCGCACAAUCUCAGAUAGAACGAGCUGAAACGUUUAAAAAGUUUCGUGAAGAGAAAAUUCGAAUUUUAGUAACAACAGACCUAAUGGCACGUGGUAUUGAUGCACUUAACGUAAAUUUAGUGAUUAAUGUUGACCAACCAAAAGAUGCUGUAACAUAUUUGCACCGCAUUGGUCGUGCCGGUCGAUUUGGUUCACAUGGAAUUUCUAUAACUUUAAUUGCAACGGAAAAGGAAGAAAUUCAUUAUAAAAAGAUUAUAGAUGAGAUUGGAGCUGGUAUUUUAAAUGUGAAUGUUUUGAAUUUUCCAAAUACUUUGAAAGAAAGUGAUCUUUACGAUUUUUGGAAUUUUUCAAAUCUUUCAGAAGAAAUCAGUCGCCUUGGAUUGUACAAUAAAAAAAUAUUAGCUCCACUGGCUUCUGAAGAUCGUAGUAUAACGUCAAGCAUACAAUCAUUGGAUCAAAUAAAGCAAACUAAAGAUUGUGAUCAAUUGGUUCAUUAUAGGAGCGAAAACACUGAAGUGGAUGAAAUAAUUAAAAACACGGAUAGUACUAACUGUUCAAUUAAUACAAAAACAUUCUUAGUAAACACACAGGAUAGUGCAUGUAAUGUUAUGGAAAAAUUAGUCGGUGAACAAAAAGGUAAUCCAACUGAGGAGUCUUAUUUGAGUUCUUCAACACGGUUUUUAUCGUCAAACACUAUUGACGAUGCAAGUAGUAUAGCUCCUGAUAGUAGUAUACGUAGUCUAGAAACAGAUUUACUAGGGGAUGAUAUCUACAUUAAAGAAUCUAGCAAAGCUAUUCUUCUUGAUUUACUUGUAUCGAAAUCUGAUAACAUUAACAAUUUUAUCAAUUCACGGCCAAAAUCAUUUAAUAUUUUUGAUGAUUAUGCUCAAUUUAUUCUGAAUCACAAAGAAAAUAAAAACGAAAACGAGAAACUUCAGGACGAAAGCACUUCUAAUAAGUUAAAAAAAAAUGUAGAAGAUAAGAUAUACAAACAUAUACAUGAAAAAAAUAUCAGUGCAGCAAAAAGUUCUGAAAAAAGGAAUAAUAAAUCCAUAUUAAAUAUCUCUGAUGUGCAUAUAGAAAAAAGUGACGAUUCAUCAAAAAAUAUGAAUGGUUGUAAAAAAGACAACGCUAUCAUUGAAGAUCAUAUCAAAUCAAAGCAAAAUACUCUUGAUUUACAAAAAAACUACUCUGAUUGUUUUGCGACACUUUUAGAAGAUGGAUCAUUAAUGCAAAAACUGAACUUAAAUCAAGAGAAUAUUAUUAAGACACUGUUACAUGAAAAAAACAAUAACGCACCUUUAGUAAAUAUCUGCGAUUUAUAUGAAGAAAACUUAAAUAGGAACACUGCUGCAGUAAAGGUUUAUGACAAGGAAGAUGAAGAAAGAAUGUUUAAUAAUAAAUUAGAAAAAAUGUUACCAAAUAUGACUGAUAAAAACGAUGUUACAAUCGAUCCGGUUACUCCUGCUAUAUUUCGUAAUGAUUUUUUUACUGACUUUUGUAACUUAAGGUCAGAAGACAUUCAUGCGACAAAUAUGGAUAAUAACUCUAAUAGUCAAAGCAACAGUGAUACCGCACAGAAUAUUCUUGACAAUAUUCCCAUAUCAGAGCCUAUUGUUGAUAAGAAGCCACUCACAAAACAUUUCCCUUCACCAGUUAAUAUUGAACCAAUACUUUCCAGGUGGCAAACUCAACCACCAUUAUUCAAUCCAUCAAGUUCACAAUUUGUCUAUGCACCAAAUCCAACUGAAUCUACAAUUCCAUCUACAAGUUCCUGCUUUCCGGAAAGCGUAUUUGAAACUAGCGCAAGCAGCGGUUCUCGUGCAACCUCUUUGACUUCUUCAUCUGAUCUAAGUUCUUCAAAAGAAUCAAUUUACAAUAGUGAUACAAGUCGUACGCUCGCAACUGAGUCAGAUGAGAAAGAUGGUACAAUGGAUUUGUCAGAAGAAGAAGAAACCGUUGCAGAUUCAGAGGAAAGCGAUUUCUUAGAGGGACAGCAUUCUCAAAAUGAAACUGCAGAAGGCAUGUGGUUACGAAUAUAUAAACAGCAAGUGAAACAAAUUACGGAUUAUGUAGAAUUGUGUAAUAGGAGUGGAAAUGCACAAAAAUAAUUUAACAUUAGCACUAAGAAAUCGUUUCGCAGUAUCUGCAUAUAGCAAGAGUUAAAUAUGCAGUAAUAGCUAGGUGAUUUACAUUCUAAAAUAAGAAUUAAUAUAUUUCAAGAAUAAUUAAAGCGCAACUUAAAACUAAUAUUUUAAGUGAACUAAUCAAUAUUGUAUUGAUAACUCUGUGAAAUGACGAUCUUCAUUUUAUAAUAUUUUUCUUUCGUACUUAUUGUUCGCAUAAACUGAAAUUCAAUUUUUAUCUACAAUUAGUUAUCUAGUUGUAAUAUAAAUUAUAGACUGCAGUUGCUAUUUAACCUUUAAUUGAUAAAACAACCUAAGUAUGAUUAAGU